AUGUUUCGAACGAGUCCUCGCUGGGACGACGCUGAUCUAGUAUGGAGGAACAUUGCCAAUGAUGACAUCUACCACCCCAGUCUCUGCAAAAUCUCAAAGGUCAGGAACCCGACAGUCCGUUAUGCUCUGAGAAUCCUCAGCAACACCAUGUUUGCGAGGCCACAGUCAUGCCUGGCCAAGGAGGAAGAGCUACAAAUGGUGUAUGCAGCCACCCAAAGAUGGCUAAACAACAGGUACGGCAAGCCGCUGAACCGCGCUUGGAUGUGGCCAGAAGUAGGGUCCUGGUUACUCAACCAGAUCUUCAAGGCUAAGCAUGACGCCAUUGCAAAUCCGGAUUACCAGAUCUGUAUUGGCGGAUUGUUGACCCCCAUCUUUACUGCAUGUGGGAUUGAUCUGAAACUACACCGAUAUUUCCAGCACAUCCCCAAGAUGGACUUUGAUUAUCUGGUGACCACUCACACCUUAGCAGGAAGGUUGUAUCCAAACACAUUAGUUUACCGUUAUAUGGAAGAUGAGGACACCCCGUUGCUGUGUUUUCUCCCUCAACUCAAAUACUCUGCGGCGGAUUGUGUUAAAAACCUGCAAUUCUCGUUACCACGAGAUCAAGUGGUAUUGGUGCUUAAUUGGAGUUAUCUGGCUUAUCAGAGCCUUGAGGAUUGGAUGGAGUGCGAGGAGGGACUAUGCAGAGGAGUUGCUAGGUAUUGGAGUAGGCAGAAGAGCAGAGGAGCAGAGAUUAGUCAUGAGUCAUCAGGGUUUUACCGAUGA